GUUGGAGUUUGCGGACAAACAAAAUUUGAAUCUAUUGAUCCAAAUUUAGAUUUUUUUACGAAACCUACAAACCUAAUCGCUAGAAAUAGCCCAAUCGCAUGAAAAAUGCUUUUAUACACGGUGCUCCUGACAAUCCCCGCUCUAACCCUCGCUAAAGACGCCAACAUACUAAUGACCGAAGUCUUCACAAUACCAUUAGAACCCCUAAUGUUCAACUGGACACACGAAGGCCCAAAAAACCAAUUCGUCUACCAAGCAUCCUUACUAAACGCCCCCGAUUUACCUUCGUGGAUAAAUUACAUCUACAGCGAACAACACCACUGCGGCUACUUGUUCGGAGUACCACCCGAAGGGCCCGCUACGGUCCCUUUGGAAGUGGUGGCACUGAACAAGGAAACCUACGAAACUCGAGCGGAGAAUCUAGACAUAAUCGUAUCGCAGAAACUGAACCCGGCGCGCUACGAAAUACAUCUCAAAAUCGACAAUGUCAACGUAGAAGACAUGUUCGAAGCGGAGAGAAUGGACGCCCUGAAGGGCAUAUUCGCGAAGGAAUUGUGGCAGGAGAGCGCCUUCGAUUUGUACGUUACCUUUUUGAAUUCGGCCGUCGAAUUGGGCGCUCGGAAACCGAUGAAUCCCGACGAAGGAGAAGGCGUUGUUGUACGGCUAGGCAGCGAGUUUCCUUUCUCGGCGAAACUGCUGGAGCUCCAGGAAGAAGUGAGGCCUUUGUGGAAGAUUUACCCGUGCCCGAGGGAUUUCAAAAGGACUUCGGUCGAAAUAUACUUCAAAGAAGCCGGGUUUGCCAUCGAUUGGUGUUCGUUCAGAUUGGUGGAUAAUAACGAUUCAGCGAUGCAUCACACCAAAGGAAAUUUGGUGAUCAACGAAGAGGAAUAUAAAUACGAACGUGAUGAUAUUUGGCAUUCGAUAUCGAAGGAGGAUGUCCCGAUGAGGAGCUACAUGCACGAAUUGUUUAUAUCUCUGUUAAUUCCUGCGAUCGUGUUGAUUGUACUCGGAUUGUUUUUGUCGUUUCUGUUGUGCUUCGAACACGACGAUUUGGAGAACGAAGAUGAAAUAUAUUUUCACAAUUUAUUUCACAUUUGCACUGAUUAUUAUUACAAUCAUUACAUUUAUACAAGGGCGAGUCGCGUCGAAGAUAUUCCCCCGGAGAGAAUAAAUUACUCGGAAACGAUCCAUCGACCGGUGGAAAAAACAAACAGCUACAACAGGGACGCGAAUCUCUCUCCGGAUCUCUGCAGUCAUUCAAACAGCCCCGAUGCAACUAUUACUAGAGGGAUACAUUGCAGGCCUAGCCCUCCUCCCUAUGUCAGGCCGAAAUAUAGACCGGAUUUGUGACGACAGAACGAAAAUUCAGCGAAAACUCGAUACUGUUAGAGAAUGUAACGAAUUCGUGGAAAUUCUCUCCUGCUAGCUCUUCCUAGUGCAAUAAUAUGGGUGUUUAGAGAAUGAAUAACGUGAAGAUUAGUUACGUGUAGAGAUAUAACAAGAUGCUUUAAUUACGAUUGUAAUCGAUAUGUAAUAACAAUUAAAGAUAUUAAAC